AUGGACCGCUACUCGCAUCUUCGAGCUUCGAUGGGCACGGAGCUGUUCGACAAGGUGCAGAAGGCGAAGCUUCUCGUGGUUGGAGCGGGAGGCAUCGGUUGCGAGCUGCUGAAGAACCUGGUGCAGACCGGUUUCCAGGACAUCGAGGUGGUGGACUUGGACACGAUCGACAAGUCCAACCUGAACAGGCAGUUCCUCUUCCGACCGCACCACGUCGACAAGAGCAAGUCGUUGAUGGCGAGAGAGGCGGUGCUCAAAUUCAACCCCGAGGCGAGGAUUGUGGCCCACCAUGGCAACGUCAAGGAGGCCAAGUUCGGGAUGGCCUUCAUCAGAAAGUUCGACCUCGUCCUGAACGCCCUCGACAACAUUGAUGCCCGGAGGCAUGUGAACCGGCUGUGUCUGGCGGUGGAAAAGCCGCUGAUCGAGAGCGGAACAACUGGGUACCUUGGCCAGGUGACGGUGAUCAAGAAGGGGGAGACGGAGUGCUACGAGUGCAAGCCGAAGCAGACUCCCAAGGUCCACCCUAUUUGCACCAUCCGCAGCACUCCUUCGAAGCCCGUUCAUUGCAUCGUCUGGGCCAAGCAGCUAUUCAUGCUCAUGUUUGGCAAGGCGGAGGAAUCCAUGCUCUACGAAGAUCCCGUCACUGGGCAAUCGGCCUUCAUGGAACAGGUGCUAGCUCGACCUGAGGCUGUGGUGGCGGGAGAGGGGAAGGCCGCGAAAGCGGUGGUGUCGGAGGAAGCGUUGGCGAAGUACUCCUCGAGCGUUUUGAAAGCGUUGUACUCCUCGGAGAUCUCGAAGCAGAUCGAGAUGGACAGGUAUAAGGGUGCGGAGAAGACGCCAGUUCCGCUCGACGAGGCUUGCCUGGAGAAGGAGGCACGGUGA